AUGAGCAAUAAGAGCUUUGAUCAAUGGAUUCUUAAUGGGAAUCUAGUCUGGAUAUCUCAUCCUACUUUAGCCUGGGCUCCUGCCAGGAUCCAAAGGAUGGAGGGAGGUAAGCUAGUUGCUUAUGUUGAUGAUGGUUUAGAAGUACAUAUAACAGAUGAUCACAAAGAUAAACAUCCUGUUGAUGAAUCAAGUCUAGCAGGAGUACCAAAUCUAAUUACUCUUGGUGAUUUUUGUGAAGGAGCUCUUUUACAUAAUGUCCGUACUAGAUAUUACCAAGACAAGAUUUACACGUGUAUUGGUGACUUGAUUCUUAUAAGCAUUAACCCUUACAAAUCUAUAAACGAUCUUUAUGGUCAUAAGACAUUUCAACUUUAUAGGAAUAGCACUAGAGAUUAUAAUGUAGAUUCAAGUCUUGAUUCAAGUGAACUACCACCUCAUGUAUUUAAAAUGGCUCAAAAUACUUAUGAUGCUUUGUUUCGCUAUAAAAAAAAUCAAAGCAUUAUAAUUACUGGUGAAAGUGGUGCUGGUAAAACUGAAGCAACGAAAAUUAUAUUAUGCUAUCUUGCAAAUUUACAUAAAUCUCCAGAAGAUUUAUCCUUUUUAUUUCCUACUUCUAACUAUAUUGGAAAGUUAUCAUUUCUAUCGACAAAUAUUAUGGAUUAUUCAAAUAAUUCCUCUAUUGAAUGUCUUAUUUUAAGAAGUAAUCCUAUUCUUGAAGCUUUUGGUAAUGCUAAAACCUUAAGAAAUGAUAAUUCUUCUAGGUUUGGGAAAUUUAUUGAAAUCUUCUUUGAUGCCACUGGUAAAUUAAAAGGUGCAUCUAUUUCAAACUAUCUUCUUGAAAAAUGUAGACUAACUUUUCAACAAGAUAGUGAGAGAAACUACCACAUUUUUUAUGGCUUAUGCUCCUGUGCAGUAAGAUCUAAUAUUUUACCGAAAACCUUACUGGAUGAGAUGAAAUUAAAAGAUGUAGAGGAUUUUUUAGUACUAAGAACUUCAACUGAGGUUCCAGGAAGAGAUGAUGUUGCAGAAAUGCAUGAAGUAAUUAAUUGUUUAAAGUGUAUUGGAAUAUGUGAGGAGGAACAGCAUGAAAUAUUUAGAAUUUGUGCUGGUAUAUUACAUUUAUGCAAUAUUUUGUUUGUAAAAAAAUCUGGAGAUGAAUUUCCACAAAUUGAUUCUAAUUAUACUGAAAGUUUUGAAUUAGUUUUAAAUUUGUUUAAGCUAUCAAGGGAGUCACUAUUAAGUAUAUUUCAAUGUAAAAGAUUAAAAGACCCCGAAACUAAUCGUAUUAUAUAUAUGCCUCUAUCUCUAGAUGCUGUAUACCAUACAAGAGAUGCAAUGGCAAAGGCUAUAUACACGAAACUUUUUGAUUGGUUAGUAUAUCGUAUUAAUAAAUCUAUGGCAUGUGGACUAUCAACAGACUUUAAUAUCUCUGUAAAGGAUCCAUCUGGAAUAGGGAUGGGUAAACCAAAAACAUCUUUUUCAGGUCGUUCAAUAGGACUUUUAGAUAUUUAUGGUUUUGAAGUAUUUGAUGUUAAUUCUUUUGAACAAUUUUGCAUUAACUUUAGCAAUGAGAAAUUACAACAACAAUUUAACCAUCAAAUGUUUCAAGCAGAACAACAAGUUUACAAUAAAGAAGGUAUUGAUUGGGCUCAUAUAGACUUUAUUGAUAAUAAAGUAAUAAUUGACUCAUUAGAAAAGAAACCAAAUGGGAUAUUUCCAAUUUUAGAUUCAGAGUGUCUUAUGCCACAAGGAAGUGAUCAAUCAUUUUUGAAUAAAAUAUUAAAUAUAGCUGCUCCAUUUAACCCUAAAGUUAAUAGUAAAUCCACUUAUGAUAAGUCAAGUAAUGUGCCACAUUGUGAUAUUAUAUUCAAACCAACCAAAAUGGCAAAUGGAACAUUUGCUGUGCAACAUUAUGCUGGUGCGGUAGUUUAUAAUGUAUAUGGUUUUCUUGAGAAGAAUCGUGACCAGUUACACAUAGAUGUUUUAGAACUUUUACAGGCAUCCAAAUCCCCAAUUCUAAUUGAACUUUUUAAUUCAAUAGAUUCUUUAGGUGCAGGAAAUCUAAUUAGUCGCGAUAGAGUUACAGUAUCAACUGGUACCUCUUCCAGACCCAAAGGAAUAUUAACAACAGUGAGUGGAGCCUUCCGAGAACAACUCAAUGGCCUACUAGAUAUACUAAAUUCUACUAUACCAAGCUAUGUACGUUGUAUUAAACCAAAUAGCAUUAAGUCUGCACAUGAAUUUGAUAGCAUAGAUGUCUUAAGGCAGUUAAGAUGUGCAGGUAUGCUGGAAAGUAUAAGGAUUAGAAGAUCUGGUUAUAGUGUAAGAAAAACGUUUGUCGAGUUUUACAAUAGGUACAAGCUAUUAUACCCUAAUAUAGACUCAAGAGAUUUUACAGGUGCAAAAAAUUAUGUACAAAUAUGUAAAAAUAUCCUGGAAAAAUUACAAAAAGAAUUAGAAAUCAAAGAAAUCAACCAGAACCCUGAAAUGUGGAGAUAUUCAUGGCAAAUAGGCAAAACUCAAGUAUUUAUUAGAGAUUACCUUCAAAUUGAGCUAGAAAGGCGUGUAUCACAAACAUGGUUAAAUUAUUGUACUCGUAUUACAUCUUAUUGGCGUAUGUAUAGAAGUAGAAAACACUUCUUACUUUUGAAGAAGAGUUCAAUUAAGAUUCAAGCGUCAUAUCGAGGUUUCAAAGAAAGAAUGUACUAUAUUAACAAUAUCUUAACACCACGUAUUAAUGCAGCAAUUAUAAUACAAAAAGCAUUUAGAAAGUUACUUGAUAAAAAAAAAGUAGAAAAUCAUGUUGGAAAGGUAAAGAUUCAGAGUGCUGAAAAAUCAGAUUCCCAAAUUAGUGACGAAACUAAAGUAAAUGUAAAGAACUUUACAAACUACCAGAUUAUAUGUAAUAGUAAAAAAUUAGAAGUACAGAAUAAUCAAGAUGAAAAUAUAAAUAAAUACCCUGAAAAUAUUUCAAAGUUAUGGAAACUACUAGAUUCAUUGGAAAUUCAGAAAAAUAACGAUAUUUCCAAUUCAGAUAAUCUUGAUUAUAAGGAAGUUUUAAAUAACUUAGCAGAUACCAAAGCUGAAUUAGCAUUACUAAAGGAAAAAAAUAUACAAUAUGAAUCUAAAAUAUAUCUCCUUGAGUCGGAAAUACAAGUAAAAGAUUCUGAAAAUAGCAGAAUCAUUAGUGAUUUUGAAUAUAAAAUCAAACUUACUGAAUCAUCAGCUGCUGCUGAAACAAGUAAAUUUGCCGAAAUAUUAACUCAAGAAAAGUCUGAAUUUACAAGAAAGAUCCUGAAAUUAGAACAAGAAUUACAAAUUGAACGUAAUAGGGUGCAAUAUACUGAAAAAAUGUUAGAACAAGCUGAUAAUGAUUUAUUUUCUCUUAGAAAACAGUUUUCAGCUGAGCUAGAAGAUAGACAACAAGAAAGAGCAUAUUGUAUGAAGGAAAUAGAGAGAUAUAGAGAAGUGCAAACUAAACUUCAACACAAGCUAGCAGAUUUCGAAGAAUAUAAACAAUCUUUAAGUCAAAAAUUAAUAGACUAUCAACAAAUAAAGCAGGAUAGUCUAAAUUACCAAAAAGAAAAUUUAAACUUGAAAUCAGAGAUUCAGGAAUUGGAAAGAAAAUAUCAAAUUAUUAAUAAUAAAAAUAUAUCCCUAACAUCACAAAUAGAAAAUCUUACUGAGAAGUCAAAAAGUAAUGUAGAUUCAGACUUGUCAGUAGUUAAUAUGUGGGAACUCUCAACAUCUGAUGGAACUGUUCAAUAUACAGAUCAUUCAUCUCCAAAGUGUCCGGAUAAUUUACUAUCAGUAAAUGCAGGUGAUAGGAGAUCUAUAUUAGAGAAACAAUAUUCUGAUUUAGUUGCAGUUAAUCAUAAUUUACAGGAAAAUCUAGAAAUUCUUGAAGAUGACAAAGCAACUCUCCAAAGAAGAAUACUUGAACUUUUUGUUGAAAGAAGAACCCUUAAAGAAGAAGUACGUACAGUAUUAAAUAGGCUUAGACAAAAAACAACUCAAGUGGAGGCACUAAGAUCAACUCUUGCAGAGCUGAGAAAUACUGCAGAUAUUAGUUUGAACGAAGUGAAGUCUGAAUGGGAAAAUUGUGCACAGCAACUAGAGGCAACUCAAUAUGCACUAAUAGAAUCAAAUAAAGAAUUAGAAAUUUUAAGAUCUGAGAGAGAUGAAUUGCUUGCAUGCUUAGAUGAUGUACAACACUUUACUGAAGCAACUAUGAAACGUAGACAACGUAAUAAUGGUUUAGGGAAUAACCAAAAUAACUCUAUAAUUUAUAGCUCAGAGGCCUCAAACAUAGUAAAAAAUCGUGGGAAAAGUAUUAAUGUGAUUGAAGAGACAUUAAUAACCCCAAAAAAGCCUUUGGGAGAAAGAUAUAAUCGUAGAAUAGUGAAUAAUUUGAAUGACUCAGAUAUAUCUCCAUAG